AUGGCUUCUUUUAGCCCUUUCGAACGCAUCCAGAGCCAAUGGCCCGCCACCGAGGAAAUCCGGGACAAGUGCGGCGUCGGGUCGAUCAGCAUUGGGGUUCUCCAUCAAGACGAGGUGCUCUUCACGGGUAGCACGGGCUCUCGAGAUGUUGACCAGGAGGAACCGGAUUCGCAUACACUCUACACGCUCUGUUCCAUCUGCAAGUCAUUCGUUGCCGCGGCGGUUGGUAUCUUGGUCGACCAAGGGAAGCGCAAGUGGACUGAUGCCGUUGGACCUUAUCUCGCCGAGUUCAAAGCAAAGGGCGACUCCAGGGUGGCGACCGAGGCGACCUUUAACGACUUCCUGCGACACUCUGGCGGCCUGACCAAUCCAAUCGUCACCAUCCUCGGCCCUGAGGGUAGGUUCAAUGCUGCCUGGGAAUACAGCAGCGUUUCGUACGGUCCCCUGGCACUCGUCAUCGAGCGCCUCAGCGGCAGGCGAUAUGCUGACUUCGUAUCCGAGGAGAUUCUGAAGCCGCUCGGGAUGAACGACACUGCCGUGUACAAGUCACAGCUCGCCUCCAACAGCAACCUAGCACGCUCCUACGUUCGCCUCUCUGACGGGUCAUGGUGCAAGCAGCCGGAGCACGAAUGGACGGAUGAGCUUAACACACCCAUCCUAGCCAUGUUUGGCAUUCGAAGCUCGGUCAACGACCUGCUCAUCUGGUGUGCAGCUACGAUGGAUGCGUACCGAGGCGACCCCUCCAAUCAGCUGGCCGCUCUCUCGGGGGUCAUCAAUCCGUUGAAGGAAGUCGAUUUUAUUCUGGACGGUUACUACUGGCCCCGACCGAGCCAGGACGACAUACAAAAUCCAUGUAACUACCACUUGUCGUGGCCGAAGUGCAUCAUGCCUUCAUCCAUGAUUCACUGGGGAUCUUGGAACAAAUCUCUCCCCUUCGAAGGUGACCUGCCACAGGAACAAAUCAACAGUCACAUACUGGGAAGAGAUUCGCCGCAGCGGACUCUGUGCAAGAUUACUGGGACGGGAUUCUGCGGCGUCGGGUCUAUCAACGUCUUUCCCGAUACGAUGAGCGCCAUCGUGGUCCUGAGCAGUGGGUUGAACCUUGGGGAUCCCAGCGACUUCACCGCGGCGUUGAUAAUGCAGGAGCUUUUCGACCUGAAGGGCCGCGUCGAAAUUAUGCCUCUAGUCCGCCGCGAAGUCGAGGCUUGCCGUGCUGAUUGGGAGCGCAUCAUGGUGGACUGGAGGGAGCACCGCAAUGUUUCGCAUCUGGAGCACCCUCUGGAAGACUACAUCGGCAAGAACGAAGGAUUUGGGAUUGUCCUCGACGUACGGCCCCGGCAGGGCGGGGGCUGGGAAGUCGCUUUUAAUGGCAGGGAGGAGAUCACGCAAGCCUUGGAACAUUACAACGAGAAUAUGUACAGUUACCAGCCCACGAAUCGGGAUGACUGGCUCAGGGGUGGUUGGCUGGACUGA